GUGCGUUAGAGGAAAAACCCUCGGCUAUCCUGCGGACAAAGUUCUGGAAGUUGACAAAUGUUGGACUACUAAUAAGACAGAGAAAGAGAGUGAACUCGGGGGACGAAGACGAUCAUGGAUAAUGAGAAAAUUCAAGACCUAAAGCAAUUCGUGGAGCUAUGCAAAACAAACCCUUCAAUUUUACAAAAUCCUUCGCUUUCUUUUUUCAAGAAUUUUCUCGAAAGCUUGGGUGCUCGAGUUCCUCCAUCCGUUAAAUCUGAAAAAGGCGGAGGUGAACAUUCUGAUGAAUUGGAUGAGGACAUUAUAGAGUCUGAUGUUGAGUUGGAUAACACCGAUACUGUGGAACCUGACAAUGAUCCUCCACAAAAGAUGGGAGAUUAUUCAGGUGAAGUUACUGAAGAAAAUCGAGAUGCUGCUCAAGCAUCAAAAGCUAAAGCUCUUGAUGCAAUAUCUGAAGGCAAGCUUAAUGAAGCCAUAAAUCAUUUAACAGAAGCAAUUUUGUUGAAUCCAAACUCUGCAAUAUUAUACGCCACAAGAGGUAGUGUCUUCAAUAAGCUGAAAAAACCCAACGCCGCGAUCCGUGAUGCUGAUGCUGCAUUAAAGAUCAACUCCGACUCAGCAAAAGCAUACAAAGUAAGGGGUAUGGCUAGGGCAAUGUUGGGCUUAUGGAAAGAGGCAGCUAGCGACCUUCAUGUGGCAUCGACGAUAGAUUUUGAUGAGGAGAUUGCCGAGAUACUUAAAAAGGUUGAACCUAAUGCUCGUAAAAUUGAAGAGCACUGCCGAAAAUAUGAGCGUCUGCGACAAGAGAAGAAACAGAGGAAAAUUGAGCGUGAGAGGCAGCGCCGUCAAGCAGAAGCAAAGGCAGCUUAUGAAAAGGAUGAAAAGAAAGAACAACAAUCUCAACAUAAAGCUUCUGAUCCUGACUCUGCUUCUGUUUUAAAUGGUG